AGAUCCCUUACUAUCUCUCGCCAAUUCUGAAGUUGAUUCCCAAGAUAAUUAACGAGCACAUUUUCCUGCCCGUUCAUUUCCAUACUUUCCAUCGUGUCCUUCACUUUCUUAGGCGAAGCAUGGUACUGAGAGGCGAAUCAUAUGGCAGACUCUACCUCGAAGAAUUGCGAGAAUCUGACGCAGACAUCUGCUUUUGACGCCCAGUCGGUCGUCACUAACAUGACAAUGGCUUCAGAGAAAGCUAACACUCCCGCCGAGCUGAACUCUCCGACUGAGGACAAUGUGCCUCCUGAUCCUGGCCAUGGAAAUGAUUUCGCCGAUAUUGCAGCUGAGUUGCCGCCGAGGCCACGACUGUGGUUGCUCGGCAUCUUUGGGGUUCUGAGCAGGCUGAUGAGGGACGCGUGCCUAGCCUAUUUCUUGGCCUCGGAUGAAAAUCCGUCGAGCGAAGACGCCAAAUACGAGACUUCCAAAUUGUUCGCCUAUUUGAUGGUCAACGCUCAGCCAUUCAGUACCCCCUCUGCAGAGAUCGCUGCCAAAUUGGCCAAGCCAAUCAAGGAUUCCUUUGCUUUCCGUCACUACGCGACAUUCUACAGUGCGAUGACAAAAGUUGAGUCACGGCACCUCGAGUCACCCGAUAUGGUGAAGCCGUACUUGGAGCAGUUCAACAGCGAGGUCGCUGACGACAAACUCCCUGAUUCUGCAUACAUCAUGGACCUCAUCGCUUCGAAGGCGUAUUUAGAUAUCGACCCCUACUUGAUUAACAAGGUCAAGGCUCGCGAUCCGAAUUUGCACGACAAGCUCAUGACACUGAAACAACUCAUUUCGCAAUCAACCCGAGAGGGUGUUGUGAAAGUGAGCUUCAUGUUCGGCCUUUCCGACGUGCUCCCUGUACAAACGAUGGAGAACCAAGCAAAACUGCUUGCCGUCAUUCAGCAGCAGGACACGACCCCAAUUGGCCGUGAUUCUGUCAAGCCUCUGGCCUGGGCCUUCAGAGCGUCUCUUAAAGUACAUCAGUUGCACUUAGGUAACUGUCCUCGACUAGAUGAGCCUGGCCAAAUUCCCGAUCUCCAGCGCCUGCCAGCCAAUACUCGCUUUCAUGAUGCAGAAGAGCAGCUUGCGUAUCAGGUCAUGGGUGCGGUUUACGACCAGUACAUGGAGUCGGGCAAUUCAGAGGCACUCCGCGGCUGUGAGUACGAAAUCCAUGCCAUGGAGCUUUCACACGUCAUGAAUAAUCGACGAUUUGUGGUGCGUGUCGUUCCCUCUACGGACGACGUCUAUCUCCCGAGAGAGGGCAACCAAUGUCUAAUCCAAAUCAUCGGCAUCGAGCGCAAGCGACGCAAUCCUCUUACCUCAUCUGCUAAAGCUGUUGAAACUCUGAUUAGUAACUUCAUAUCGGUGCUUCGAGGUGCCCUCAACCGACCUGACCGUAUUUCGGUUAUCAUGGAGUCUCUCAGCAUGUACUUCGCCAAGCGUCUCGAUGAGGAGACUACCAGUCGACUUCUUCAGCAGAGAUCUGUAGAGACCAUUGAGGAAUGGGAAGUUCGGAUCUCGGACUACGUUACCAGCGGCUUCAAUGAAGGCAUCGUCCACGCCACUGCCCUGGUACAGGAUGAUUUUGCUGACGAUGGCUUCGGAGCUGACGAGACUUCCAACAAUGGCAAGACGCUCUGGCCUGCGGAGAGAAUGGCACAUCCCUUCAAUGAGGAGCAAGACGUUCACUACUACAUGGUUACCGUUCCGCUGGAACCGGAAGACGAAGUUCCCGAGGGCCAAGAGCGGCUUCCUAUCGACGUGGACGUUCCCAUGCUCAAAGUUUCCGACAAGGAAGAUGCGAAGCUCGAUGGCUUGUUCCGGGAAUGGUGCACGAAAAACAGGCCACUCAAGGCCAGGUUCCGAACGCACCCGUCGGACAGGACCAUGUGCGCUGAGGUCUCCGCGAUCAAUGACCUGCACAUCCCGAAAGGCGUUAACCCUCCGCCUUCUGAGUGGUCUCUCCGUCUCUACAAAUGGCAGCUCGAUUUCCCUGAAGUUGACGCGUCCGACAUUUACAACAUCUUCGACAGCUAUCCACACAUGGCCUACAUCUUGAACGAUCGAAAUCGAGUGUCAAAGUACCUGCAAGAGAUGUGGGAUGACUUCGACAAUGACAAGAAGAGGCUUUACGAGCAGCUCGCCGCUUGUCCACAUAGGCUCAGCAUGAAUGCUGGCUGUGCAGGAGUUGGAAAGACGACAUUGAUCAUCUUCAUAAUUCUCAUGAUGCAAUUUGGAGACAAGGAUAAGGAGCAUCCAUGCAAAAUCUUGCAUCUUGUCAAUUCCAACAACACCGUCAACGAUUUUGCCACCAAGAUGGCCAAGCAUCACCGAGCCUUAGGGAAGGAGGACAUGGUCGUACGUUUGCAUAACUUCGAGAGCGAAAUCGACGAGUGGAUGUACAGCCGCGGGGAAAUGACGUUUGGCGACCCGUUUGACGAAGAAGAGGCACGCAAUGCCGUCGUCAAGGUGACGGACCAUUUCUUUGCCCACCACCAACUGUCCAAGCUGUCGACGGAUAUGCACAAGGCCCGCCGCUCCGCCCAAGUCAGUUCAUCCCUAGACGAUGUGCAGCGAACUGGUCAACUUGAGCCCUCGGAAACGGCCAAGUUACAAAAUUGCGUCCUCAAGGUGUACCAAGACUUCCUAGCACAAUUCAACGGUGUCGUGGCGACGACCCCUGUGGCUGCCAACAACUACAAGUUCAGGACAGCGUACGGCCCGGCUUUGGAUUUCGUAUCGGUCGACGAGGCUUGCCGCAUGAGCGAGCUCUCUCUCCUCAUUGCGAUCGCACGCUUCGAACCGCAACUCCUCGGUCUGUUUGGAGAUCCAAAACAGCUCGGUGUGCACGUUGGUCACGGUCAAGCAAAGUUGAUAAUCAAUCCAUACGAGUUCCAGCGUCGUCAAUCAACCUUGGCACGGCUUGUAAAUGCUGGCAUCGUAGCCCCGGCCUUCGGCUCAACCAUCGUUCAACUUGUGUGAGCUUGUCUCAAAGUUGAUCUAUGGCGAUGUCAUGGAUCCGUUUAGAGACCCAACAGACCUCUACCCGCCAUCUGUCGAGGCACACGGAGAGUUCUUGCGCGGCAUCUGCCCUUCGCUGCCGAAAUUCCAACAUCGCCUCCUUGUUUGAGCUUCCUUGGUCGUCCUCUUCCAAGUUAGGCACAUCGGCAUACAACAUGGACAACGUUGAAUGGGUCACGAAAUAGGUAGUCAAGUACCUCAAGGACUGCACCCUCACAGCGGUGAACAGUGAUGCUCUGGCCCGAGUCCUAAUCUUGCCCUUUUACAAGGCCCAAGUAUUGGCAUAUGAACGCGUCCUCGACAAGCUUUCCAGGACAAGAUUCUCACCGCAAAAGAAAUGGCGCGUCGAAGUCCGCACCUUAGAUUCUUCUCAGGGAGAUUCUCGGGAUCU